AUGGUAGAUCGGCCUGCAGCUGUUCGCGGCAUAGCAGCGGCGUUCCUCGCGCUGUCCAGCGUGGCCGUGAUUCUGCGCUGCUAUGUGCGCCUGCGCAUCAUCAAGGCUUUUGGCUGGGAUGAUUUCGCUAUGAUACUUUCAAUGCUAUUUUACAUCCUGUUCUGCACCUGCAUGAUCGGCGGGUCUCUCUGGGGUACAGGGAAGCACCUCGCAGAGCUAACAGCUAAACAACGAACUAUAGCAAUGGAAUACUGGUGGUUCUGCAACAUCUCCUACGCCGUCUCCUCCGUCCUCGCCAAAAUAUCCGUCUGUAUCUUCCUCCUCCGCGUGAUGCUCUUUCCUUGCCACCGAGCAGUGCUCUACACGGUUACGACCCUCGCGAUCUGCACGGGUAUACCGUUCUUCGUCCUCUUGAUCAUCCAAUGCUCGCCUGUUUCGUUUUGGUGGACGCGGAUGCACGGCGAUACAGAUGGACACUGCGGGUAUGUUAACGCUAUCGCUAUCGUGCUGUAUAUCUUUAGCGCAUCGUCGGCGCUCUUCGACCUUACCGUGGGGACACUGCCUAGCUUGCUGGUGCGCAAGCUGCAGAUGAAUCGGCGGACGAAAGCUGCUGUUGCUGGUCUUUUGGGAAUGGCCUGCAUUGCGAGUAUUGCCAUUAUCAUUCGGCUUGCUUUCGUCCCGACCAUACAUGAUCCUGACUUUCUAUACGGCACCGUCGAAAUUGCAAUCUGGUCCUGCGUAGAGAUUGGCCUCUCCAUCACCGCCGGCUCCUUAGCCACAACCCGCCCUCUAUUCCGCAUUCUAUACAAUCGGUCCUCGAACGACGAACCGUCCUCGGAUCCUUCAACCCCCCGGUACCACAGAACCAAACACAGCCGGUCGACCUCCGGGUCCACUUCGAACCCUAGCCGCAGGUCCCGACGAAUGUCGCUGUUCGACAGCGGCCUCGGCAUUUUCAGUCGGAACGGCUCGGUCUCCCGCACCCAUACUACCUCAUCUACAUCCCGCCGCAGCAGCAACCUCGAUAAAAGUCGCAGCGGAGCCGAGGGACGCCCAAGCAGCGGCUUCUACGAACCCUACAUCGGCGUGCAGAUGCUGGCAAUGCGGCCGACUGCUGAUGUGGAGGGCGGACGUGUAGAGUUUGACGGGUCGACGCACCCCGAUCCGGGCUCGGAGUUGUUGAAUUUGAAUUCCAAUCAAGAGCUCGAUUUGCACGCGGGUGGGGGACGGCCUGAGGGGCUGUCGGUCCCGGGGCCUGCUGCGAGGAAGGGCUCUAGGAUUGGCGUGCAUAGGACGUUUAGGAUGUCGAGUGAGAAUGAGCGUGAUAAGGAUAAGCGAAAUGAAGGGGAGGAGGCUGGUAAGGAUGAUGGUGAGGCAAACGGGCAUGGGUAG